GCAGGCCCCUCUCUCGACUUCCGUCUCCUCCGCCGGCGCCACUUUCUGGAAGGUUCGUGGAGGCGGCGGCAGUAGACUGUUAUUCCCCAGCGGGGCAGGAAUCUGCGUCCAUCCGCCCUCCCGAGUCCGCUUACUCGUCGCCAGCUUUGCCAUGCCGGAGAACGUGGCUCCCCGAAGCGGGCCGCCGGCCGCGGGUGCCGCCGGCCGCGGGAAAGGCGCCUACCAGGACCGCGACAAGCCGGCUCAGAUCCGCUUCAGCAACAUUUCUGCGGCCAAAGCGGUUGCCGAUGCCAUUAGAACAAGCCUUGGACCAAAAGGAAUGGAUAAAAUGAUUCAAGAUGGAAAAGGUGAUGUAACCAUUACAAAUGAUGGUGCCACCAUUCUGAAACAAAUGCAAGUAUUACAUCCGGCAGCCAGAAUGCUGGUUGAACUGUCUAAAGCUCAAGACAUAGAAGCAGGAGAUGGCACCACAUCAGUAGUCAUCAUUGCUGGCUCGCUGUUAGAUUCCUGUACCAAGCUUCUUCAGAAAGGGAUUCAUCCAACCAUCAUUUCCGAGUCAUUCCAGAAAGCUUUGGAAAGGGGUAUUGAAAUCCUGACUGACAUGUCUCGACCUGUGAAACUGAGUGACAGAGAAACUUUGUUAAAUAGUGCAACCACUUCAUUGAAUUCAAAGGUUGUCUCUCAGUAUUCAAGUCUACUUUCUCCAAUGAGUGUAAAUGCCGUGAUGAAAGUGAUUGACCCAGCCACAGCUACCAGCGUGGACCUUAGAGAUAUUAAAAUAGUUAAGAAGCUUGGUGCAACAAUUGAUGACUGUGAACUGGUAGAAGGUCUCGUUCUUACCCAGAAAGUGGCAAAUUCUGGCAUAACAAGAGUGGAAAAGGCUAAGAUUGGACUUAUUCAGUUUUGCUUAUCUGCUCCCAAAACAGAUAUGGAUAAUCAGAUAGUAGUAUCUGACUAUGCCCAGAUGGAUCGAGUGCUGAGAGAAGAGAGAGCCUAUAUUUUAAAUUUAGUGAAGCAAAUUAAGAAAGCGGGAUGUAAUGUCCUUCUCAUACAGAAGUCUAUCCUGAGAGAUGCACUUAGUGAUCUUGCAUUACAUUUUCUGAACAAGAUGAAGAUUAUGGUGAUUAAGGAUAUUGAAAGAGAAGACAUUGAAUUCAUCUGUAAGACAAUUGGAACCAAGCCAGUUGCUCAUAUUGACCAGUUCACUGCUGACAUGCUGGGAUCUGCUGAGUUAGCAGAGGAGGUCAAUUUAGAUGGUUCUGGAAAACUGCUCAAGAUUACAGGUUGUGCAAGUCCUAGCAAAACAGUUACAAUUGUUGUUCGUGGUUCUAACAAACUGGUGAUUGAAGAAGCUGAGCGCUCUAUCCAUGAUGCUCUGUGUGUCAUUCGAUGCUUAGUAAAGAAGAGAGCUCUUAUUGCAGGAGGUGGUGCUCCAGAAAUAGAGUUGGCCCUGCGACUGACUGAAUAUUCCCGAACAUUGAGUGGAAUGGAGUCCUACUGUGUUCGUGCUUUUGCAGAUGCUAUGGAAGUCAUCCCAUCUACACUAGCUGAAAAUGCUGGCCUGAAUCCCAUUUCUACAGUAACAGAACUAAGAAACCGACAUGCCCAAGGAGAAAAAACUACAGGCAUUAAUGUCCGAAAGGGUGGUAUUUCCAACAUUUUGGAAGAGAUGGUUGUCCAGCCUCUGUUGGUGUCAGUCAGUGCUCUGACCUUAGCAACUGAAACUGUCCGGAGCAUUCUGAAAAUUGACGAUGUGGUAAAUACUCGAUAAGGCUGGCUGACUGGAAUCACUGCAGCUGACACUACUGUGGCUGAUGUGGAGGAUGACACCUCUGUGUCCUUGACUGGAAUGUUAUUUCUUCUGAAAUUUUGGCCAUUGUCUUCCAGUCAGCAUUUGUUUGAAACUGUACUGAAACAAUUUAAUGAAAAUAUUAAAUACUUGGUUUCAAAAGGCA